AUGAACAAUAACAUCAACAAUAAUGGACAAACGACGCAAAUCAAAUCCGCGUUAAAAUCCACCUCCCGGUCUCUCGUGUACAGACAAAACCAACACCAACACCAACAGAUGGAAAACAUGAACGAACAACAAAGACGAGUGUCUUUCCAAUCCGGACGCCCACCGGUGGUGGAAGGAGGCGCGAGAUUAGCGCAACUGCGAGCGGCGAGGAAACGAGCGGCGCAACAGAAAGCACAAGAAACAUCGUCGAAUACUAAUGGCCAAGGGAAUAAGUUACCCUUUGGGACCUCUUGGGGGAAUCAAACGGACCAAGCGGGAGCGCAAAGAAGGCGACAUCAAAAUCUAACCCAACAUUCGUCGAUGUCAUCUUCGCGAAUGGAACGGUUACGGAAACGAAAAGGCACCGGGCGACAAGUGAAACCGAGACCGUUCGUGUUGGUGAUGAAAGCGCCCGCGGAGAGUUUGGGGAGAGCAGCGCUUCCGGAUGGAGGAGCGAAGAAAAGACGAACGGCGAUGGUGGUCGAGGAGUUGGAUGGGACGAAUUUUACUGGUGAGGGCGAACACUCGGCGGCGGCAUCGAGAGACGGCGAUCGAGCCGGGUCGUUCGCCGAGAACGAAGGAUUUGCCGGGUACGAUUUUAACGGGAACAGGACGGCGCAACCGAUGUUUCGACCGAAGAGUCCGCACGCGAAAGGACAACAACAGAGAAAAGUUUCGAUGGAGAUGAAUUCGCAGUUACGAUUGCUUCGCGAGCAGCACAUGCAAGAAGGCGGAGUGUUAGCCGAAGCUAUCGAAGAGGAGAGACUGAAGAGAGAGCAAAUGGAAUUAGAGAAACGACGAGAAAUGUUACGCAAGAGCAGCAUGGGGAGCGGCGGGGAGGUGACCAACACGCCGAUGGCUGCGGAAGCGCUGGUGAACAUGUUCAACAUCCCGGGACGAGAAGACGAAGCUAUUUUGCAUCAAGACAGUCCGGAUUGGCAAGGCGUCUCGCACAUGGGGGCAGCAGGCGGUCAGUCGCAACCGCAAGUGCAACCGGUGGGAAUGUUGAACGAAAACUUGAACAACGACGACGACGAGUUUGGCGGAGGAUUCGAAGCCGGCGACGACGACUUUGACCAAGAAGAUUUAGUAGGCGGUCAAUUCGCUGACGACCGCGCGUUCGAUGAGGAAGGAUUCCCUAUUCGCAAACCUAGAGGUGAAGCGCACAAACGCUUGCGCGAAGAAAUGGCCAGAAGAAAAUCUUUAGCCUUUGGCGGUUUACAAACCAUCGUCGUCGAAGAUUUAACAGGCGGCUCACAAAAGGUGCGCAAAAGUUCGCGCCAAAGACAAAAACCGUUGGAGUAUUGGCGAGGCGAGAAGAAGGUGUACGAGCGCGUCCAUGGAUCGUUACCGACCAUCAAAGCCACGCAACGGCAAACCCGAAACAAAAUGUGGCCAAGAAAAACGCCCGGAGGCCCGUCGGAAACAUUCAGGGUGCUCAAAUUGAGACCGACGGAACAGUUCAACAAAAUCGGCGCCGAACGACGAGACUCGUUGGAUCAGUUGAUGACCGCCAGAAACGGCGCUCCUUUGCACGAUUCCGACGCCGAAGAUGAGGAAAUCUGGGACGUCGAUGGCGUCGAGUUUGAUCAACACGGUCGCAGGAUAAAAACGUUCGCCAAGACCCCGAAAGAGUAUUACGGACGAAACGGUCGCGCGACGCCGAAUUACAACAACAACAACAACAACAACAACAACAACAACAUGAACAACAACGGGAGCGGGAAGAAGAAGCGUGGACGACCUCGAAAGAAUCCAACAGUACUCGUCGAUGAAAACGACGACGACGACGGACAGCAACAACAACAACACCAAGAGGAAGAACAAAACGAACAAGUCAGAGGGAAGCACAUCCGACUGGCGCCGGACACGGACGACGAAGACGAGGAAGACGAAAGAGACGACGAGCUCGAGGAAAAUACGCGAAGGAACUCUGAAGCGAUUCAUAAUACUAACCACGACGACGACGACGAUCAAGAAGCCGAAAAGGAAGCGAACGAAGCCGCUCGCAUGGCGGAGUUGGAGCUCGAAGAAGAGAGAGAAGAAGAGGCGAGAAAAGCGUCGAAAGCGAAGGAGGAUUUGAUCAUGGAAGCGGAACAAAAGGCCGCGAUGGAGUUGAAAAUCACGCAAGAGGAGAUUCCAGAGGAGGAGGAAGAAGAGGAGGAAGAAGACGACGAGGAAUCGAGAGCGUUGAAGAAACGACUGGCGGAUGCGGAAGCCGAGCUCGAUGCGCUCGACGCGGCGAACGAAGCGGCGAGGAAGAUGUUAGAUCAACACGACGAACGAGACUCUUUAGAAGAAGACGGGAACGGCGAUGCCCUGCCGCCUUCUACUGCACGCGAGAAAGACGGGCAGGCGAAGGUUGAAGAGGAGAAGACGAGCCGGUUUUCGAUGUCUCUCGAGGCAAACAAAGGUGUAUUUUACGACGAAGAGGCGGAUAAGGAUUUAAUAGAAAACGAUCCAGCGAUUAAGAGCGGGUCGAUUAACUUGGAGGAAGAUUUGGAUGACGGCGAUGAUGAUGAUGACAACGAAGACGACGACGAUGAAGAGGAUAGAGAUGUUGCCGCCAAAAGAGAUUCGCUUUCUUCAAAAUCGGAAGAAGAAAACGACCGACGAGAUAACGACGCCUUGGCGAUUCCCAUGGACCUCGACGAAUAG